UUUAGGUAGAUCACCAUGAGUUUAGCUGGUAAAGUUGUUAUUGUAACCGGAGCAAGUUCCGGCAUAGGUGCCGCCACAGCCGAAGCCUUUGCCAAGCAGGGCUCCAAAGUGGUGCUCACAGGACGAAAUCAAGCUAAUCUAAAGUCUACUGAGGCGGCCUGUAAAACAGCCAACAGCAAUGUGGAACUCCUAGUAAUCGCCGCUGAUGUAACAACAGACGCUGAGAAGAUUAUCAAAACAACAAUCGACAAGUUUGGACAAUUGGAUGUGUUAGUGAAUAAUGCCGGUAUGGGUAAAUGGGGUUCUAUCUUGGAUAUUGAUGUCGAUCAAUUUGAUCUUGUCAUGAAUACAAAUUUGCGUUCGGUCUUCCUGCUCACCAAAUACGCCGCACCACAUCUCGUGAAGACACAAGGUAGUAUCGUGAAUGUCUCCAGCGUUGCCGGUUUGCGUUCGUUCGAAGGUAUUUCAGUCUAUUGCACCUCUAAGGCAGCACUGGAUCAAUUCACCAGAUGUAUCGCCUUGGAUUUGGCGCCGAAAAAUGUGCGUGUGAAUGCCGUAAAUCCCGGUGUGAUUGUGACCGAAUUCCAUAAGCGUCUUGGCUUCUCGGAUGAGGAAGAUGCUAAAUUUUUGGAACAUUCGAAGACUACGCAUGCAUUGGGCCGUGUCGGCGAACCCAAUGAAGUAGCCGAUGCCAUUAUUUUCCUUGCUAGUGACAGUUCGAGCUUCAUAACGGGCGCAACUCUGCCGAUAGAUGGUGGCAGACACGCCAUGUGUCCGCGUUAAUAUUUCUUAGAAUAUAUAGAUAGAUAGAUAUAUAGCAAUAUAUAAAAUAAAAAAAUAU